AUUCAAUUUCCCGACCAAACACUCCCUUGGUCAUGGUCCCAAAGAGAAAAGACUCUUGUUACAACCGUGUGAGUUAUGAAUAUUUGCCGUGAUUUUCCUCCAAACGCGUGGUUAGUGAAAAACAAAUAAUUCAAACUGUUUAAGUGUUCAUCGUCACACACAAAAAGUCUUCACGUCUUUUGUAUGUUACUUUCUUGGAAGUUUUUUUCAACUUUCAUGGAAUUUUGGUCGAAAAUAUGCUAUAACUUCAUCACACAAACUAACGCGUCCUAUUAGUGCACUUCAUCAUCAUAUAAAUAAGCCAUUUUAGCAUCAAUUUAUUCACAUCAAUUCUUAUCACUUUUACUUGAGAGAAUAAUAGAAUAUCAUUCUGAGAUUUAGUAAAAGCGUAAUUUUUGGGAUGGUAUCGGGUAAGCAAGCUCGUAAGGAUCACAAAGGAAGUAGUAAUAAAAUUCCUAGUCUUGGGUCGAAACGGAAUCAUGGUGUUACAAAACAAGCAUCAAAUAGCCUUAAAUAUAGGAUUAAAAGGAUGAAUGCUCAUGAUUCACUCCUCAUGAAAUCUUUCAUUCGAGGAGUGGUAAAAUAUGAGGUUGAAAGAAAAUUCCAAGAGCUCUUAAUUUCAAGAGAAAAGAUUUAUGAAGGUGGAAAAUCUGGAGCUAGAGCCUUAGAGUUGCGUUUUAUUAAUAAUAAUAAGUUGCCAAAUACGACUUUUACUAAAACCAAUAUAAUUUCAAAGGAUGAAGCACUUCAAGUUGCAUUAUUUGAUGUUAGAUCUAAGUCAAUAGUCAAUGAGGGUCCCUUGUCUUCAAUAAAGAUAGAGAUUUGUCCCAUCAAGGGUGAUUUUGAAUCUUGUGAUGAUGAAGAUUGGACUGAAGCUGAGUUCAGUGAUAAUAUAUUGCAUGAAAGAGAGAAUAAAGAGCCAUUGUUGGUUGGAGAUAGGUUUGUUACUCUUGAAAAUGGAGUUGCUUCUAUUUCUAAAAUCAUGUUCACUGAUAAUUCUGGAUGGGUGAGAGGCAAAAAGUUCAGUUUGGGAGCAAAAGCUAUGAAAAAUGGAGAGAAUAUUAAGGAAGGUAGAAGUCAAGCUUUUAGGGUCAAAGAUAUCAGAGGAGAAGCUUACAAGAAACAUUAUCCUCCAUUCUUGAACGAUGAUGUGUGGCGUUUGAAGCUAAUUGCUGAAAAUGGACCAUUCCACGACCGACUCCGUAGCAACGGAAUUCAUACUGUUAAGGAUCUCUUGAGGUUACUGAUAGUCAAUGAAUCUUCAUUACGUGAGAAAUUUGGACAAAUUCAGAAGAAGUGCUGGUUAGCGAUUGUUGAACAUGCCCGAUCGUGUGUGGUAGAUGAUUAUAAGCUUUACAGCUAUGAGAUAAUUGGACAACCAAUACUGCUUCUGUUCAAUGUGAUCUAUGAACUUGUUGGUGUGACAUUUGAUUCACGAGAGUUUUAUUCACCAGAUGAUCUCACACUCACACCCAACCAGAAGAAUUUGGUAGAAAUUGUGAAGCAAGAUGCAUACAAAAACAUUGGAAAUUUAAGAGCAGUUGAUGAGGGUAUAUUGAACUCCAUAAGCUUAGAAGCAUGUAUAAAAUCAACACAAGAACAAGAUCUGCAACAUCUUGAAAUCUCUGUAGCAAAUGUUAAUGAUGGAAUGCAAAAUGUUCAAAUCAAUGUUGUUGAUCCAGUGGCAGACAUUAGAGAAAUACCACAAAACAGUUGUGAUGUUUUACAUGAUUAUUUUGAUGGAGCUGAGUGUAGCGCUUUUGUUGAUUUACUCAAUUUUGAUAUGGAUAUGUCCAACAGUGAGAAACCAAAAGCCAUGUGGUGUAAGAUUCGUGCUGUUGUGAAAUGGGGAAUAUCAGUGAGAAGAGUUGCAGCUGCCAGGAGAAAUGAACAUUUGUUUUAUUAUGACUAUUAGACUUUUGUUUUAUUUAAACAUUUGUCUUUUUAUAAGGUUUAUGAUAUUGUUUUCUAAGUUGUUCAAUUUCAAUAGAAUGAAGAGACAUGCAAGAUCAUAAGAGUCCUUAAUAUAGUGUUAAAAUAAGAGUCUGUAAAAUAGUUUUAUGCAUACUAUCUAUCAUCAUUCAAACUUACUAUGUUUAUGUAAUAUUGAACAAACAUAUACCAAUGUGAUGAUUAUUCUUAGUUGUUGUCAAGUGGAGUCUUGUGUAAAUAUAGGCACACUACAAUUAACAAGAACAUUGGAGUAACAAAAAUAAAAGUGUUGCUAGUGAAGGGAACGUGGC